AUGUCUUUCUCUAGCCUCGUUCAAGACUUGAGCCUCCGCGACGCCAAUGGCGCUCGCCGUCCCCAAAUUGGCCCCCGCUCAUCCGCUUCCACUAUCGACGAUAGAGCCUCGCACGUCUCGAGGGCCAUGUCCUACGCCAGCACCGCCGCCACCAGCGUCAGCAUCUCGGGUGAUAUUUCAAGCCAGCUCCAUGGCGGAUAUUUUCACCCUCUCGCCCGCUCAUGGCAGGCUGAGCGUCAGCUCACCAAGUCCAUGCUUAUCUACCCCAUUUUCGUCACCGAUGGCGAGGGCGAUAUGAUUCUCGUUCCUUCUCUCCCUGGUCAGCACCAGCUCAGCUGUGACAAGCUGAUCCCUUUCCUCGAGCCUCUAGUGCACAAGGGUCUUCGCUCCGUUAUGCUCUUUGGUGUUCCUAUGCAACCCGGUACCAAGGAUGCUCUUGGCACUGCUGCCGACGACCCCGAAGGUCCCGUUAUCCGAGCCAUCCAAGUCAUCCGCCGUCGUUUCCCUCAACUUUUUAUCUGCUGUGACGUCUGUCUUUGCGAGUACACCUCUCACGGCCACUGUGGUAUUCUUCGUGAUGAUGGCAGCCUUAACAACCAACUAUCAGUCGACCGUAUCUCGGAUGUCGCUAUCGCUUACGCCAAGGCCGGUGCUCAAUGUGUUGCUCCUUCCGAUAUGAACGAUGGUCGUAUUCGCGCUAUCAAGCUAAAGCUGAUCGAGGAGGGAAUCGCUCACAAGACGGUUCUCAUGUCUUACUCUGCUAAAUUCUCUGGCUGUUUGUACGGCCCUUUCCGAGAUGCUGCUGGCUCAGCGCCUUCAUUCGGCGACCGCAAGUGCUACCAGCUUCCUCCUGGUGGUCGCGGUCUUGCUCGACGUGCUAUUGUUCGAGACAUCAACGAGGGAGCCGACAUCAUUAUGGUCAAGCCUGCUAGUCAGUAUCUCGACAUUAUCAGUGACGCUAAAGACUUGGGCAAGGAUCUUCCUGUGGCCGCAUACCAGGUCAGUGGUGAAUACGCCAUGAUCCACGCUGGAGCCAAGGCCGGUGUCUUUGACCUUAAGGCCAUGGCCUUCGAGUCGACGGAGGGCAUUCUUCGAGCUGGUGCCACCAUCGUGGUUAGCUACUUCACCCCCGACUUCCUCGACUGGCUCGAGAACUAG